AUGGAUGUAAAAAAUUUAUUCCUGGCGUUAGUUGGCAUACUGUCAUCAGUUCAUCUAUUGCAUAUAAUUCCAGCACAAAUUGAAUCAAAAGUAAUCGUUCAUGCCUUAGACAAUGUUUUGGAUCGUUUUUAUAGUCCACGAACAUCAACCGUAUUCAUAGUGGAGCAAUCAAGUCUAACGGUAACCAGUGGAUUGAAGCCAAUCGAAGUAGCUGGUGAAUUGAUUCGAAUGGAAAGUAAUCGAACCUCAAUGACUUAUGUCAUCGAAAAUUAUAUUCCAUUGAAGAAAACGGCUUAUCAACGUGACUUCAACAUAUUUAUUGUAGAUUGUUAUGAGAGUUUUAGUCGCAUUAUGUUCGAAAUGACAACGGACACAAUAAAUGACUUUCGAUAUUAUACGAUUGUUUUGACCAAAUACAUCGUCAAUUAUUCAGAAAUUGUUCGCAGAAUGUUGAAUGAUUUUUGGUCACUCAACAUCGCAAAUGUUGUUGUUCUCACACCGGGCAAAGAUUAUAAAAAAGUAUUCUUGUACACAUUCUUCCCAUACACUCCAGAGCAUUGCGAAAUUGUUAAACCAAUAGUGCUUGAUCAUUUUGAAAAUGGUAGCUUCGUCAAUGAACGUAGCGUACCGAUAUUCCCGGAAAAGUUUAACAAUUUUCACAAGUGCCCAUUAUCCGUGUCCACUUAUAAUUUCACUCCGUUUGUAUUUCUAAUGCCACAACCGAAUGGAUCAUACUAUUUAGACGGCAUUGAAGGCACCAUCAUUCGAGUUUUAUCACAGCAAUUGAAUUUCACAGUAAAUGUUUUGUUGUCGAGGACCAAUAUUCUGAAAAAUAUAACCAAUAGUUCAACGGUGGAAAAUAAAAAAUACAAAUUACCGCGAUCACUUGAGUUGAUAAGCAAUGGAAGUGCAAAUUUUACGGUGGGUGCGACGGUGGUUGCCGAAAGUCGAGCUAGAAUAUAUUCGAUGACAUUCGCACAUUUCUAUGGGUCACUCAUCUUUGCUAUUCCUCCCGGACGGCCAUAUACAUCUUUCGAGAAGCUCUCUUUCCCAUUUAAGAUGCGAGUUUGGGCCUGCAUUUGCGUCCUAUUCCUAAUUGCAGCAAUUGUUAUAGUGAUUUUGAAAUUAUCAUCAAAAGAGAAACGGGAUUUUUUCUUUGGGAAAUCUAAUAAUAUGCCCAUCUUCAAUAUGGUGUCGCAUUGCUUCGGCGGAACUACCACCUUCAUUGCAAUGCCAGUACGAAAUUUUGCACGCACAUUGCUCAUGAUAUGGUUGCUAACGACUCUUGUGCUUCGCAACGCCUAUCAGGGAAAAUUAUACGACAAUCUGCGUGGUAACCAACGCAUGGCACCAUAUUUUUACAUCGAUGAUCUAUUCCAAUCGAAUCUCAAGCUAUUAUCCCUUUAUGAUUACGGUGGCAUAAAUUUCUUCUGGAAUCUUACCGAUGAUGAUUUCGGCGGUGCCUACAUGACAAUAACAGAAGUGGUUGAUUACUUUAAUUUGAAAAAUUUUCCAUAUGUUAGCGUUCUUAAGACCAAAGAUUAUAUUCAAUCGAUGCCGCUGGCCUUUUAUUUUCGUAAACUGUACUGCUGUAAAAUGUCGCCAGCGAUUUUAACGUCGUUUUUCUUAGUUGUACUUUUUUCACAGCUCGGAAACGGUGCCUUGAACGAAUUUCAAAUGGAUCGAGAAAUAAAGUUCUUGGCCAGAGCCACAUCACAUAUCAUUCGGCAAUUUUAUAGUAAACGCACUUCUGCAAUAUCGUUAAUCCAACCUUUCACUGUACAACUACAAAAACAUUAUAAACAAUCGGAAAUUAUGAAUCGCAUCCUUUUGCACACCAAAUCCACGAUGUGUUAUGUAAUUGAAUGGCCAAAGUACAUGAAAUAUUUACCAUUUUUGCGGGCCUGUGCAAUUAUUUUCAUAGAUUCUUAUGCGGCAUUUCGGCAUUUUUACCAGGAGAUCAACGUCAAGAGUGUUCACUAUGCCGGCUAUUUUACUAUUAUUUUAACGGAGUACAUCGAAAAAGACGAGAUAACUCAAAUCUUUCAAGAUUGUUGGAAGUAUCGCAUGAUUAAUGUGAAUGUGCUGUGUCCGGAUGAAAUAGAAGAUCAAGUGAAUGUUUAUACGUAUUUUCCGUUUACACCAAACAGUUGCGAUCGCAUCCAGUCAACAUUGUUGAUGACCUUCAGCAAUGAAUCGAUCUCGAUAGACGAUAGUUUUUUCCCAAUGAAAUUGAAGAAUUUUCACAAAUGUAAUCUAUUUCUGGCGACUUAUAAUAUUCCGCCGUACAUGAUAUUGAAUCAUCAUCACACUGAUGGAUCGUAUGUGACCAGAGGCAUCGAGGGAAAUCUAUACCGUGAAUUAUCAAAAUUGCUCAAUUUUCAACCGAUAGUUCGAGUUGGGCACGAACAUUAUUUGGGAGGUGCAAAAGAAAACUUUGAAAUGUUGCGAAAGGGUGAAGUAAACCUAACGAUGUUUGCGAUAGUCAACACGGUUGAAAGAUCGAAACGGUUCACAGCAUCAUUUCCAUAUGCAUACACAUCGGUGGUGUUUACAACACCACAUGGACCGCCACUCACACCACUGGAAAAACUGAUGCUUCCGUUUGAGCCUCUGGUUUGGGCAUGUUUUUUAAUUGCCACUGGAGCUGCCUUAAGCGUUACAAUCUAUAUGACUGGUCGGUCAAAAAUAUGGAGAGAUUUUGUAUUUGGCAAAAAGAAUCAUAUGCCAUUCCUACAUUUUAUCAAUAUCACGCUAGGCGGAGUCGUAACACAACCGCCAGUUCGCAAUUUUGCGCGUACAAUUUUCAUGAUUUGGCUACUGGGCAGUUUGGUACUACGCAGCUCAUAUCAGGGCGCUCUAUUCAGUUUCAUCCAAUCACAAAAAUCGGCCGUCGAAAUCGAGAGCUUGGAGAAGUUGGCAGAAUUCAAUUUUACCAUAUACUCUUCGGUGCAAAUUAUACGUCUCCUACAAUUGGGAUCGCCUCAUUUGAGUGCAAACCUAAGACUGCAUGAUGGUAGUUUUGACAUAUUGGAAGAGCUGAAGAAACCACAAUUCCAUGGUGCCUUUGUCACGACAAACGAUAUCAUUGGCUAUCAUAAUUUGCUAUAUUUCAAAACUGGUACAAUUCGACCUUCCAAACAGCGUAUUUUUCUACUUCCGUUGAGCAUAUUCAUGGAAAAGCAUUCGUGCUUGGAAUCGAUCAUAAAUCAACAGAUUGAAUUGUUUACGAGCAACGGAUUAAUUGAAAAAUGGAGUAAUGUGUAUCGUGAAAAGUUAAUUAUUGCGAGAAAACGGCCAAGACAUCAGCCUAAAAAAUUGAAAUUGGUUGAAGUCAGUGGCGCAUACAUUAUUAUGGCGUAUCUUUAUGGCGUGAGUUUAUUAUUAUUUAUUGGAGAAAUAUGCUCAGCGCGAGUUCGUUAUCUCCGUACGUUAUUCGACCAUGUGUAAAAAUCAUGCAUUCUUAUUUCACUUGUUUUUUUUUUAAAUUGUAAAUCUAUAAAUUAGAAGCUUCGCCUGUAUGUGUACUCGCUGCUUAUUUGUUAUUUCACCAUUCGAUUCCAUAUACUACAAAAGGUGCACUUGCAAUACAUAUCAGAGAGAAGAAAAAAAAGUACGCAUACGAAUAGGCAUGUGUUGAUAACGAGAGGCGAUGAAAAAAGAAGAAACAUAUAAGAUGCUUCUGCCUAUUGCAGUUUGAAACACAAGACGAUGAAAGCAUUCUGGUGCAUGGCUUGGCUUGGCAUGGCUUGGCGCACUUAUCGUGUGUGUGCCUAUUGACUUCAACAAACUAACCGUUUUUAAUUUUUACGCCAGUGCACAACUCUCAGAUGCUCGUUUUCUCGCUUUGCACUCUUCAUGCACACCAUACACACAUAGACAACUUUUGCCAAUAGUUCAUCGAUUGCAUCUUUGCGUUCACUUUGCAAACGCAAGCGAAGAGUGAAAUGAACCAAAGUAGAAGAGAAAAAAAAAUCACUCACAAUGAGAAAUAACUGCAUUUAACCGAUCAAUUAUUUGCGCUUUCUCUCUGAUUAACUUGUUUUUGUUGGUCAUGUUGGCAGAAGAGAAAAAAAAGAAUGAAGAAAUGAAACGCCAUUGCAGGCAAUAUCAAUGGCAAGCAAAGCUUACACAGAGAAAAUACAUUUUUCAGUACUUCUUCAGUCUUCAAUUCAAUAACUUCAGCUUAACAGUUCCGAUGCCAACACAAUCUGGUCAUUGCAAAAGUGUUUAUAAUUAUUUCUUGUUUGUGAUUCAUUUUUUGUUUGUUUGUUUGUUGUGAAAUCGGUGUCCUUCAAUCUUGAUUAUCAGC